AUGGAGCUUAAUAAUCUAGAGGGAGUAAACUUAAACGUGGAAAAAGAUGGGCUGAAAAAUUAUGGUCAAGUGCUUGCAACUGCAUGUGAAACUACUGCUACGUGUUAUAAUAACUAUUACAUUGAGAAUUUUCAGAACAUUAUCUGCAACUACUUCAUUUAUAUGAUUUGUAAAGAAUUUCCUGAUGUUAAAAAAUCUGUCAUAAGGAAACUUGUCUAUGAACAUGUUUUAAAUCAAGUACUAUCAUCUGAUCCUGUUGCCGUUCUAAAUGAUGAUAUCCUCCCACCAUUAAGCCAAGAAACAAAAAAUGGUUUACAGGCAUUUAUAAACCCUUUAAUUGUGGAGCUCAAGAACCGCUUGCCAUCGUUCACAAUUACAAAGGCAACUCAGAAUACUGCUCCUUUUGGUAUUUCACCGGCAUUAAGACACAUUCUAUCCAAGUAUAAAUCAAUAAUUGCGGAAAAAUCUACUUUACAGAGGCGUGACUCAGAACCAGGAAAACCUCAAGAUACGGUUCAAUCUGGUGAAAAAAGGAAGAAAGAUGAUAAAGCAAAGCAUUUUGUACUGCCAAGAAUAUUUAUCCUGUUUCCCAAUCCAGGUUUGCAGUGGCGCUUUAUCAAAAUCGAUAGUCAAAACGUCACUGGUAUAUUCCCUGGCUCAAAGUUAAAGAAAGAAAAGGACGAGACUUUAUUUAGCUUCACACAAAGGUAUUUUUAUGAUUGUUUUAACUUUGCCAAGCUAAAAAUUAGAAGCAUUGCCCUAGAACUCAAUGACUUUAACACUGAAGAGGUAAAUACUUAUUUUAGGCCAUGUACAGUUAAUCCCGGAAGGAAGGUUGUGUUUGUAUCCUACCAUGGAGAAAAUGAUGUGAGACGUCUUUCUUCAAAAGAAUACUACAAUAUGGGCGGUGUUACGCAAAGACAUAAACAGGAGCAAGAACUCAAGAAAAGCUUAGGUAUUGAUCAAAUUGAGACCAAUAUCCCCUCACCUAAAACCACGUCUCAUGAUACCUAUAUACUGUACAUUACGUAUAUUCUCCAACAUAUUGAUACACUUUUUAAUUUCUACGGGUUUAGAACUACCAAUAGUAGAUGGUGUAAUUAUAUCGCAUCACAAAAGAGUAUAGAGGACGCCGUUAAUAUCCUUUUAAAUGGAUCUACAAAGUACAACAAGAAAAGAAGGAAAAAUAAGAAGAAGAAGAACAUAAAGAGAGAUUCGAAGAAGGGGAUCGUAAUAAAAUGCCUUUAA